AACAGAAUGAAUUUAAAUUGAAUUUUGAAUUUUAUUUGGUUUAAAUUGAAGUUAUAAUUGGUUUAAACUAGAUUUAAAUAAAUUUGAAAAAUUUAAAUCUACAUUAAUCCAAUUUUUUUUUUUUAGAUUUAUUUUUCGAUUUAUUAAAUUCUGGUAAAUCUAAGUCGAUCAUUUCUAGUUCGUAUUUGUGCACGUGAAUAUUUAAUUUUCCUUCACCACCAUUAUAUGUGAACAGAUACCUCUAUGGUCGGUUAUUUUCGCCGGAUUUUUGCCAGUUUGACUGUAAAAUUCAUCCGGCCGGUUGCUGGCCGGACCGGACUGGAUAGAAAAAAGCUGUCCGGUUCCAACUCUGGCGGCUACUCGAUUGGCACCGUGUGGUUUUGGGAAAAAUGAUGCAUGUAACAACGAUGUUACUGCCUAUCCAAAAUACGAAGGGCAUUGGUGUUGUGGCUCCAUCUUUGUGAAAAAGCAUGGUGUUGCAUUGAGGAACUCAGUCGCUAUGAUUACAGAGGAAAUAAGGCGAUUCUAAGAACUACAGCUCAACAAAACAAAUAAACUAUCUCUCGAUGUGCGUAUGUAUAAAUGAUCGCGAGCAAAUAAAAAUAAAGAAAAAAGAAAUAUCAAUAUGAAAAACUGUUAUGACGCAGAUGACGUUCCUUCAUAGGCUUUUAGAAGCUUAUUGAGAAUUCUAAACUUUAGGAUCUCACGAUUCAUCCCUUGUAACAAACCCAAAUUCCUCGAUCGGCAAGAUCUUUGAUUAAACUUUAUAAAAAUUCGUUAUUGUCGCGAAAUAGUUUUCCUCAUUGAGCAAUCGAUUGUAGAUUUGAAUUCCUCGAACUUGAAAAUCUUUUAGGGUGUGAGGUGUAGGUGUCAUAGUCUUCCAUCUACACUCCACAUCCAAUAUGUACCUGUUACAAAUAUAAUUACUAAGUGAAAAUUACUGACAUACUGUAUCUUCAAUAACAAGUUUCGUCUUUUCGUUCUGUUUACUCAACACUAUCUAUUUUUCUCUUGUUGUUCUGUUUCUACAUGGCUAUGAUAAAUAUAUCAAAGAAAAAAUAAAAAAAAAAAAAAAAAGGUGAACACAGACACCGUAUGACAACCUUUUUGUUCUUCACUUCCUUUUUCUACUCCCACAUUCAGGUAAAAUAUUACAAAAUCAUGACACACUGUCAUUAAAUAGGUGAAAAUAAGAAAGUAUUAAAUUCUAACACACAUAUUACAAACGAAACUAUAUUCAAGGCUGAAAUGAUUACUACGUGUCUUCAUACAUUACCUGUGGAACUUGUCUACAGAAUUCUUGAUCAUUGUCAUGAACUAGAAAUUCUUUGCUCACUCUCUAACGUCUGCACAAGACUCAAUGCAAUCAUAAGUACAUAUUAUCGGUAUCAGGUAAUCUUCAUUUUUUCUUCACAUAAGAAAACAUCAUAUUUAUUCUUUACACUAUUUUCUGAUAAUAGAAACAAUAUACGAACAGUUUUAUAAGACGUUCAGUUCUUUCAUAUAUUCUCUUUAAAAACAAGAAAAAUCUUAUCGUUUAUAGAUGCAUCAUUCAUUCUGUGAAAACCUACGAAAGAAUCAUUUUAACUUUUUCUUUGGGUCUUCUCUCGUGAACUUUGCUUUGAUUGAAAUGAUUCUAGAGCAUAAUUCGUUAAAAAUCAUAGACAGUUGAACCAAUACUUUCGAUUCUGCUUUGAACAAACUUUUUUUCUUGUAGUCCUCGUUUCGACUCAGUACUUUUUAAUUUUUUUGAUCCCAAUCUCGAGACUAUAACUAUUUUUGUACAUGUGUAAUGUUUAGAUAAAUUUGCUAGUUGCUAUUCAAUAGAAAUUGAAUAUGCUUAUCCUUAUUUUGUUUUCGUUAGUUAUUUCAUUACAUUGCCUACUAAUACCAAUGAAAUAAAUUUUAUUUGAAUAGAACAUUAAAAUUUGUUUAGACAUAUACCACAUUUCAAUUCGAAUGUGGGAAAAUUGACAAAGAAAAACUACAACAUCUCGCUAAUGUAUUACAAAAUAACACGGUAAGAUAAGAUAUCUAUUGAGAUAUCAGUAAAAAAAAUUAAUCAUGCAAUAUAGACAAUCACUACACUAUGUCUUUCAUGGAACAUAAUUGGCAAUGAAGGAUUACAAUAUAUUGCUAAUACAUUUAAAAUGAAUACAAUGAGGAAAGAAUUUCUGCUUAUAUAUAUAUAUAUAUAUAUAUAUUAUAUUUCUAAGAUUAUCAUUCACAUAGACACUUACGACGCUUAAUCUUCAAGGAAAUCGUAUCGAUGCUCAAGGUGCACAAUAUCUAGCUAAUAUAUUACAAAACAAUACGACACUUACAACACUGAUACUUUCAGACAAUAAUAUUGGUGGUGAGGGUGUUCAACAUCUGGCUAAUGUAUUAGAAAGCAAUAGAACUCUCACAAAACUUGAGCUCGAAUGCGCUGAAAUUGGUAAUAUCGGAGCUCAAUAUCUGGCAGAAGUAUUAAAGAAGAAUACAACACUUAAUAUGUUGAAACUUGCUCAAAACGUAAUUGAAGCUGAAGGAGCAGGAUAUUUGGCUAAUGCAUUACACAUAAACACAACAUUAACAUCACUCUGUCUUAGAAAUAACAGAAUCUAUGCGGAAGGAAAUCAUUUAUUACGUAUUGAAUAUUCAAUUCAUAAUGAACAUAUAUGUGAACAUAAAUGUUCAAUUAAUCAUUUAUGUUCAAUGGCAACAUAUAAUCGACAAUAUCAUCGUUGUCAUCUAUUUCAAUAUCAUAAUAAACAUUCAAUAUCUCAUCCAUAUCGAUUAAAUAAUGUUUAUUCAACAUUUGCUGAUUGUUCAGGAAUAUUUUCUUUAUCUCAUACAACACAAAAACGAAUAUCAAUUGUUCAUUGUGAUUAUGAUUCAUUACCAUGGCAACGUGCUCUAAGAUCACGUUCAAUUAUAUUUCAAUCUUAUACAUUAAUUGGUAUAUCAUAUUUACCUUGUCAAGAACUUUGUUCAUCUGUUCGACAUUGUGCUGCUGUACAAUAUCAAUAUAUAAAAAUUAAUUUAAAAAAACAGGCACGUGGUUUAUAUCGAAAUCGAUGUCGAUUAUUACGUUCAGCUAAACCAUGGGAUCUUCUACCAAGUAAAUCAUGGACUGUAUUUGUUAAACGAUCAUGUCAUGUAAAAAUUAGUCAUAAUGAACUUUUUUAUCGACAUCAUCAACCUUUAUGUAAUUUUAAAUAUGUUGGUCAAGGUCAACAUAAACAUAAUCAAGGAAUGAUUCAUACAUUUCGUCAUAUAUCCGAAAUUCAAUGUCAAUAUUUAUGUUCAAAAAUAAUUAAUUGUGUUGGUAUUGAAUUUGUUGAAAAACAAUCUCAAUGUAUUCUUCUUUCUUCGAAUUUUCUUCGAAAUGAUGGUUCUAUUGAUAUUAAAAAUCAUAAACAUCAUCAUAUUUAUAUGAAAAUAUCAUGUAGUAUAAAUAAACAUAUUCAAUCUGAACAAAGUUUAUCAAAAUGUUCAAUAAAUAAUCAAUAUUGUAAUUGUCAUCAAAAUCCAUGUCAUCAUGGUAUAUGUUUAUUAUCUCAACAAAGAGAAGGAUAUCAUUAUAUGUUUUGUAAUUGUUAUCAUGGUUAUACUGGUCAUUUAUGUGAUCAACAUCUAGAUAAUAAAUGUCCAUGUUUAAAUGGUGGACAAUGUCUUAAUGAUUAUUCCUCAUGUAUAUGUUCAAAUGGAUAUGAUGGUGAUUUUUGUCAGAUAAUAUCGGAUAAAAGAUAA